GAGGGAAGAGCGAAGGAGCGGCGGGCGGCCGUGGCCCGAGCAGAUCCGCGCCGCGCCGCGCCGCGCUGUCCGCCCUGCCGCCCGCCCUCCCGCCCGCCCGCCCGCCGGCCCGCCGGCCGCUCGCGCUCCAGUCGCCUGGUCUAGCAGCGGGGCCCAGCAUGGUCAUGGCGGAUGGCCCGAGGCACUUGCAGCGCGGGCCGGUCCGGGUGGGGUUCUACGACAUCGAGGGCACGCUGGGCAAGGGCAACUUCGCGGUGGUGAAGCUGGGGCGGCACCGGAUCACCAAAACCGAGGUGGCAAUAAAAAUAAUAGAUAAAUCUCAGCUGGAUGCAGUGAACCUUGAGAAAAUCUAUCGAGAAGUACAAAUAAUGAAAAUGUUAGACCACCCUCACAUAAUCAAACUUUAUCAGGUAAUGGAGACCAAGAGCAUGUUGUACCUGGUGACAGAAUAUGCCAAAAAUGGGGAAAUUUUUGACUACCUUGCUAACCAUGGCCGGUUAAAUGAGUCUGAAGCCAGGAGGAAAUUCUGGCAAAUCCUUUCUGCUGUUGAUUAUUGUCAUGGUCGGAAGGUUGUGCACCGUGACCUCAAGGCUGAAAAUCUUCUGCUGGAUAACAACAUGAAUAUCAAAAUAGCAGAUUUCGGUUUUGGAAACUUCUUUAAAAGUGGUGAACUGCUGGCAACAUGGUGUGGCAGCCCCCCGUACGCAGCCCCAGAAGUCUUUGAAGGGCAGCAGUAUGAAGGACCACAGCUGGACAUUUGGAGCAUGGGAGUUGUCCUGUACGUCCUCGUCUGCGGCGCAUUGCCUUUCGAUGGACCGACCCUUCCAAUGUUGAGGCAGAGGGUUUUGGAGGGAAGAUUUCGGAUCCCAUAUUUCAUGUCAGAAGAUUGUGAGCAUCUCAUUCGGAGAAUGUUGGUCCUAGACCCAUCUAAACGGCUAACCAUAGCUCAAAUCAAGGAGCAUAAGUGGAUGCUCAUAGAGGUUCCUGUACAGAGACCUGUACUCUAUCCACAAGAGCAAGAAAACGAGCCCUCCAUUGGGGAGUUUAACGAGCAGGUUCUGCGAUUGAUGCACAGCCUUGGAAUAGAUCAGCAGAAAACCAUCGAGUCUUUGCAAAACAAGAGCUACAACCACUUUGCCGCCAUUUAUUUCUUGCUGGUGGAGCGCCUGAAGUCACACAGGAGCAGCUUUCCUGUGGAGCAGAGGCUCGACGGCCGCCCGCGGAGGCCCAGCACCAUCGCCGAGCAGACAGUUGCCAAGGCACACACCGUGGGGCUCCCGGUGACCACGUCCGCCCCCGCCGCCAGGCUGAUGCCGUCCGCCCUGCCCGCGCCCGCGGCCACCGUGGAGGCCUUCUCCUUCCCCGCGUCCAGCUGCCAGGCCGAAGCCGCCUUCAUGGAGGCCGAGUGUGUGGACACCCCGAAGGUGAAUGGCUGUUUGCUUGACCCGGUGCCGCCUGUCCUGGUGAGGAAGGGAUGCCAGUCGCUGCCCAGUAACGUGAUGGAGACCUCCAUCGACGAAGGGCUGGAGACAGAAGGAGAAGCUGAAGAAGAGCCCGGCCAUGCCUUUGAGGCGUUUCAGGCCACGCGCAGUGGGCAAAGACGGCACACUCUAUCGGAAGUGACCAACCAGCUGGUCAUGGUGCCAGGAGCAGGAAAAAUGUUCUCCGUGAGUGACAACCCCUCCCUGGACAGUGUAGACUCCGAGUACGAUAUAGGGUCUGCUCAGAGGGAGCUGAGCUUCCUAGAGGACAACCCUUCCCUGAAGGACAUCAUGGCAGCCAAUCCGCCCUCGCCCCGCAUGACGUCGCCCUUCGUGAGCCUGCGACCCACCAACCCGGCCAUGCAGGCUCUGAGCGCCCAGAAACGAGAGGCGCACAACAGGUCACCAGUGAGCUUCAGAGAAGGCCGCCGGGCGUCAGACACCUCCCUCACCCAAGGAAUUGUAGCGUUCAGACAGCAUCUUCAGAAUCUCGCUAGAACCAAAGGCAUCCUGGAACUGAACAAGGUGCAGCUGCUGUACGAACAGAUGGGGCCCGAAGCUGACCCUGUGCUGGCCUCCGCCUCCCCGCAGCUCCAGGACCUCGCGGGCGGCUGCCCUCAGGAGGAAGUUGCCCCGCCGCAGGAAGGCGUCCCCCCGCUCUCCAGCAGCGUGCAUCCCCAGCUGUCCCCGCGGCAAAGCCGGGAAACUCAGUACCUGCCACACAGGCUUCAGAAACCCGGCCUUCUAUCAAAGGCCCAGAACACCUGUCAGCUGUAUUGUAAGGAGGCGCCACGGAGCCUGGAGCAGCAGCUUCAGGAACACAGGCUCCAGCAGAAGCGACUCUUCCUCCAGAAGCAGUCCCAGCUGCAGGCGUAUUUCAAUCAGAUGCAGAUAGCUGAGAGCUCCUACCCUCCACCGAGUCAGCAGCUGCCCCUGCCCCACCCGGAGACUCCACCUUCGUCUCAGCAGCCCCCGCCAUUCAGCCUGACCCAGUCCCUGAGCCCUGUCCUGGAGCCUUCUUCUGAGCAAAUGCAAUACAGCCCUUUCCUCGGCCAGUAUGAAGAGAUGCAGCUGCGGCCCCUGCCCUCCACGCCCAGUGCCCGGGCAGCUCCUCCACUGCCCACGCAGCUGCAGCAGCAGCCGCCACCCUCACCUCCUCCUCCGCCACAACAGCCAGGAGCUGCUCCUGCCCCCUUACAGUUCUCCUCUCAGACUUGCGAGCUGUCAAGUGCCACUUCCUCUGCUCCGGACUAUCCCGCUCCCUGUCAGUACCCUGUGGACGGAGCCCCGCAGAGCAGUCUCACAGGCCCGGACUGUCCCCGAAGCUCAGGACUGCAGGAGACCCCCUCCAGCUAUGACCCACUGGCCCUCUCCGAGUUACCGGGACUCUUUGAUUGUGAAAUGCUAGAUGCUGUGGAUCCACAACACAGUGGAGUGGCUUGUCCUAUCAGCAGAUGAAUGCGUUAAGCACAAAGCAUCUUCCUUAAAGCACAAAGAAGAGCGCUACUACACUGAUGCUGCAUCUAGAAACACCUCUCAGCUGCCUUUCCUCUUGGCAGUCUGCACCCGCGCAGGCAGGGACGCGGGGACGUCUGGAGUCAUCCUGGCCCUAGCCCAGCCCUGCAGUGCUGGGGCCUUGAGCCGUGCUUGUGGCUGGCCAGAGCGCCUCGGCACUGGGCUCCCUCCCAUGCCAGGUUGCUUCCCAGAGGCACUCUGCUUGGAGUUUGGCUCUGGGUGUCAGUAGGAAAGCGGGGUGGAUAUCAUCUUUGUGAUUUAGUAACAGUGAAAAUCCAGGAAGAAUGAAUUAUGUUCCUCUUAUGGAUUAUCCUCCUCAUGCUUAAUAGUGAUGAUUUUUUUCAAAUACAGAACAUCACUUAAUAGACCAUUUCAUUAAGAUCUCUACAUCUGGGGCUGGAGGUUUAGCUCAGAAGCAUAAGCACCUGCCUUGCAAGCAGGCAGUCGUGAGUUUGAUCCCCGGUACCGAUAAAAAGGAAAAAGAAAAAAAAAAAAAAAAUCUCUACAUCUCUGCAAAAGAAGCCAGUUAUAAAACAAGGUUUGAUGUGUUUAGACUGAAGGAGGAUAUUUUCCUAAAAUUACUACAGCAGCACUGUAAUACUGCUGAAAUUCAAAUACCUUCCAGGUUGAAAACUGGGGCUGUUCAUUUCAGGACUGGAGGAACGGCAGUGACAGAUUGGCAUAACUCCUGCCCCGGUCCCCCAGUAGGACCCCAAGCAUUUAGCCCAGGAGACCUGAGUGGGAACUGUGGCAGGAAUUAGGCAACCGAGGAGGGACGAUGGAGCGGCUGUUGGCAAGUGACAGGACCCGGACAGAAGUCGGGACGCGCCGGCAGCGUGGCGGGGACGGCACCGACCCCGGUGCAGAGCCCCUCCCAGCGGGAGCCUCUGCUGUGAGCCCGUUCGCUUCUCUCACCUCGGCAGAAACCAGUAAAUCCCACAGCAUGUGUGUUCCCAGAAAUGUGUGCUGGUGAGCAGAGAAGGAGCCCGCUGCUCGGAUAGUGUCUGUGGUCUGUCUCUGUUGCUCUGUUCACUCACGAGGGACCCUUGGAGACUUCUGAGCAGUCUUUACUUCACAGACACUAGAGGAACACUAAGAAAGCUUAGGACCACGCUUUCGAUGAGAGGCCACUUCCUGCCCACUUUCACAUCAGCAGGUGUACACUACUGUAGAAUAAUCAUUAGCUGUAUGAUCUUGUCAGCCAGGCUCCUCUGAAGAAACUGGUGAGAUGGACGUGAGGUAAAAAUUGCAUUUGCUAAAAGUGCAAUACGUGUGGUACUUUUUUAUUUUUUAUGAGUUUUUUCUUUAAUCCAAGGGUAUUGAUCCUUGCCUGGGGGAAAAUGCACUAGUUCUGCAGUUUCCAGCUGGGCAGAUGGGCCUCCAGUAUUUACAGGCCACUGAAAUUCUGGUCCCUGUAAGGCAAAUAAGGCACUUAGCAUUAAUUCCCCAGAGCUGCCUCGUCCCUACUUGUGCCCUCACGGAGCCUGUACUGCUCACUGGCCACCUGGGGAACAGGGAAGUGGACGGUUCCCACACCAGCAGCCCUCUGGAAUCCACUGACUUGGGAGGCAGCAGGGCCUGCCAGGACUAGCGUCGGACUGAAGACUGUUAGAGCUGGCCAGUUAGAGCUGGCUAGUUAGAGCUGACCAGACAAAACUUCCUGGGCUUGCUCCUGGCCUCCUAGAGAAUUCCUCCUCAGAAAUCCAGAACUCCCAAGUGUUUAAACCGUGCCCUGGUGUCAGAGGGGAGAAAAUAAAGUCAGCUCAGCUCUCGAGAGGAGAGUCGGGAAAAAAGGGGGUACUGUGCAGUGUCACCCUCCACACUGUCCCCAGCCCCUCCAGUCACAAGGUGACCUCUGUCACCUCUUGCUGUGAACUGGGGGUGUUACUAUACCUAAGGUAGGGACAUUGUUAAGGACCUCUGCCUGGUGGUUAGAGCUGGGGAAAAGGAGAGUGACGAGGUGAUGAGACAGAAACCGGAGGGUGGUGGAGAGCAGCAGCUGCCAGUGACAGGUGCGCAGAGCCCCAGGUGCAGCACAGGAGUCUGGACACUAGGCAAGCUCAGGUUCUCAACUACGUGGGGUCACAGCUGUUUCUGCUCUGGAUUGAACCUGUGUCCGCAGUUAGGCUUAAGCUGCCCUCUGGGUUCAAGACGAUUCACACUCCAGGGUACUCCAUGAAAGACAGUGCAUGGUCUCACUUGACAGCACUGGUCCUGGGACUGACCUUGGCUGCAUCUGUUCCCCUAAGCUGGGCUGCCUCUGCUGCCUCCUCAGAAGCCACCCGAGCCGCUCGGUCUCUUUCUGCCUACACAUCACAGGUAAAAACUGGAGAAAAGAUAGUAAGUUGGAGUAACUGUUUAGGCAGGGAUCUUGAGUUAUGUUGUUUCUGGAAACUUCGUACAGAAAUUAUCUUCAGAGUAAUUUGUGGAAAACACAAGCAGUAUCAUUUAUCUGUGCUUAUAAACUAUACAAAACGUUUUUUAAAAUUCAUAUGCCCCUUUUAACAGGGUUUACCUGUGGCCUAGGCAAGGGACUGGCAACAGAGCUCUUUCUGGUGGCCCUCGGAGAUGGCAGAACCAACUACGGGGAUGCCUUUCAAGCUUGUUUUAGUCCCUGAACUUGAUUUCCCAGGACCUGUCGCAUUUUUGUAAUUUUUUCCCCAAGGUGAUCUGGCCGACUCCAGAAGACACCCAGCCAUCCUCGGUGCCCCACCGUUUCCUUUGCAUCUUAUCUGGGCAGAUUUCAGCACUCUGGUGGCUUCAGGCACAUCCUGUUGCAUACACUGAGACACGGGCAGCAGUACUGCCCAGACUCAGCCAGUGGUAGUUCCGAGGGUUCCUGCCCCAGUGCGCUUCAGCUUGCCCGUCCGAAAGGAGCAGAAGCUUCUGUUCUUACCAGGCACUUUCACAGUGAUCUCUCCUAAUCCUCACAACAGUUCUGUGAAGGCAGGGAGGUGCUGUCCUUAUUUUCACAGCGGAGGAAACCAAAGCUCUUGGAUUGUGUGUGUGUGACGUACGUGGGUCGACUGGUUUCUAAGGCUGUGAGAAGCGUCUCUGCCCCCCUGACUGGCACCUGACUCUUCAUAAGCAGACAGCUAUGUGAAGAAAGCCUCCAUUGUGGUUAGGCACCAGGAAGUGUGGCGCUGUCUGGCAGCAGCCUUCCAGGUAGCCUGCACUGGACAAGGCUGGGGAAGCCAGACUCGAGACCAGCUGCCCUCUGCUCAGGGAACGGCUGAGGCCUCGGCUCCUAUCAACAAGUCCACCUUUCCCAAGUGCUACUCAUUUCCUUGGGCAGAGAGAGUGUGAUGGAAAGCACUGCCCCUUUGAUCACAGGAGGCAGCAGAGUCUGGCGCCAGCCACCUGUGCAGGUCAAGAGAUCCAGCCUCACAGAAGGGUUGCUCAAAGAAGAGUCACAGACUCAGCUUUGAGCCUCAGAAGGGGCACAACACUUCCUUACAGUUAGGUCCGGUCCAGUAGGAGUGCUUGUCAGACAUGCUUAGGGUUCAGGAAAAACAGUUAACAUGCUCUUAUUAAAGACGCUUUGUCUUUUCAGAGUCAAAGCAGGUAGGCAGAAUGGUGGGAGGGGGUAGAAAUAGAAGCACGAAACAACAUCCUGGAAAAAUACAACCCCAGAUGGAAUAAUGUCACCCUAGCAAAUACAGAUAACUGGGACUUGCUGCCAGCAGCAUGAUGCCUAUCUGUUCAGGACGGGCUCAGAAAAAUUCAAAUGGUGUGACCUUCCGGUACUAGAUCAGCCUUCACCAAAAUCUCUAGAGGAGAAAGCAGCAGAGAGGAAAUUGGCUUCUCUUUGGGGACUGCAAUUGAAGAAGUAAAAAGUGACAGAUAUUUGCACUUUGUAGAAAGGGCAAGCUUAUUUGCUUAUUUCUGAAGGGAGAAAAGUGGUCUUGCUGGAUGUUUGGUCUGUGAGUUACUUUUGAUAAGAUUAAUUGUAGUUAUUUUUCUGUGUGCUUUUUUUAAUUACUAAGAAAAAUUGGUGAGUUCAAUAGCUUUGGUAUUUUGAAUGCAAAUCAUAAUAGCUCCAAUGUGAAAAAAAUCAAAGUGUAACCUGUCAAUGUUAGAAAAUUGCCUAAAAUGCAACUUAAUAAAUGAUCUUUGUACCAAAUGGUAAUUUAAAUGGGGUAAUUUUCUGCAAGGAAAAUGUACUGUUUUUAUGUUUCCAACCCUCUUGAAUUAAAAUAAAAGCAACUUGUUUUCUAAAA